AUGAAUUAUCAAGCUUUUAAUGCCGAAACUUAUAAAAAGAUGGAGAAGGAAGCCAUCGAAAACCCAACAAAGUUCUGGUCUGAAACAGCAAAGGAUAUUUUAAAGUGGGAAAGUACAGAUUUCAAGAACAUUAUCGGAAAAAUUGGUGAUGAAAAGUCUUGUUGGUUUGAAGGAGGUAAGAUUAAUACAUGUUACAAUGCCGUCGAUCGUCAUGCAAUGGCUCAUCCAGAUAAGGUCGCUUUAUUAUACGAAGGAAAUGAUAUCGAUGAUUCAAGACAGAUGACUUAUGGCGAACUCUUACAGAAUGUUUGCAAGAUGGCAAAUGUUCUCAAAUCAAAGGGAGUUACGAAAGGAUCGCAUGUAGCUAUCUAUUUCCCUGUCUCAAUCGAAGGAAUUGUAUCAAUGUUAGCUUGCGCUAGAAUUGGUGCAAUCCAUACAGUCAUUUUCGGAGCCUUUUCUGGUGAUGCUCUCUCUUACAGAAUUCAUAAUUCUGAUGCUACAGUUGUUAUUAGCCAAGAGUCAUACAAGCGUGCUGCAAAGGCUAUCCCAAUGAAAACAACGCUAUUAAAUGCUCUCAAAUCCUGCCCUAACAUCAAAAACGUAAUCAUCAGUGGUUUGACAGAAAAGCCUACAGAAAAACUUCCAUACGAAGUAGAAUCAUACCAAGAACUUAUGGCUGCUGCCAGCGAUAAGUGCGAUUGCGAAAUUAUGGAUGGUUCUGACCCAUUAUUCAUUUUAUACACAUCUGGCUCAACAGGUGAGCCAAAAGGUAUUAUCCACAGAGUUGGUGGUUAUACAGUCGCUACAACACUUACAUUCAAAUACGUAUUUGAUACAAAUGAAAAAUCAAUUUUCGGCUGUACCUCAGAUAUCGGCUGGAUUACAGGCCAUUCAUACGUCUGUUACGGACCUCUCCUCAAUGGUUCCACAACUCUUAUCUUUGGAGGACUUCCUCUUUGGCCAGAUGCGACAAGAUCAUGGCAGCUUAUCCAGAAGCUCAAAUUGACACACUUCUACACAUCCCCAUCAGCCGCACGUGCCAUUGCUGCUAAAAUCAAGUCCGUUGACCAAGUUUCACAGUUCGAUAUUUCUUCAUUACGCGUUAUCGGAUCAGUUGGUGAGACUCUCGAUGAAGAUACCUGCAUCUACAUGCGCACUGUCCUCGGAAGAGACAAAUGCUGGCUCGUAGAUACAUAUUGGCAGACAGAAUUAGGUUCUAUCAUUGCUACAUCAGUUCCAGGCAUCGAGAAUCUUCCUCCUGGUAUCGUUGGCCGACCACUUUUCGGUACAGAAAUUGUUCUUGCCGAGCCAAACGGUCAAAUUAUCUCAACAACAAGGAAUCCACACCCAGAGAUAGUCCACAACGGCAUACUUUGCAUUGCCACACCAUGGCCAGGUCUUGCAAAUGCUGCCUUCAAGAGUACUCGCUCUUUCAAGGACAGAUAUAUUAUGCAAGGCACAGAAUUCUUCUUAGCAGGCGAUACAGCGCAGAUUGACACAAAGGGCAACAUCAGGAUCACUGGUAGAAUCGAUGACCAGCUUUGCGUCAAUGGCCACAGAGUUGGUCCAGCAGAAGUUGAAGAAGCAAUCUUGAAAGUCGAUGGAGUUGAAGAUGUCGCUGUCAUCGGUGUACCAUCAAAGAAGACAACACAGGCAAUCAUUGCUUUCGUUGUAUCUGCUGACAAUUCACAGGAAAUGGUCACAAAGGUCGCUGUCAAAGUCACACAGAACUUUGGAGCAAUUGGUAGACCACAAAAAGUCAUUUUCGUGAAGAUGCUUCCGAAGACAAACAGUGCAAAGAUUAUCAGAUCGUACUUAAGAGAACUCUUCUUGAAUGUCGACAACAAUAAGAGCGUUCCAAAGCCAACUGCUUGCACAAUGACACAAGAAGAAAUCGGAGAGCUCAUUGAUAUUAUCAAGGAAACACAAACAGAUCUUGCAUCUCUUUAA